AUGGUGGCCACCACCGACAUCCCUGACUGGUGCUUGACAGAGACAGGGCUGCCCUACACACCCGACGCCCUGCCAGACCCGGCCCAGUGGACGGAGAUGCUAUGCAAGUCGCCUAUGCGCUACGUCGACCGGGUCCGUGCACCCGUGCUGCUGAUGCUGGGGGAGGACGACCAGCGUGUGCCCCCCAUGCAAGGGCUGGAGUAUUACCGUGCCCUCAAGGUCUUGGCAGCCUGCCUGUGGCUGAGUGGCCGGCGCCAGUGGCCCAGCAUGGCGCAGCAAGGCCCCAUGGCCUCAGGGACUGAGCAGGGCGGGGAGGCGGUCGGCAGCCCCACCGCCUGCUACCGGGAGCUGAGCCAGUUCCCUGCUGUCACCCGAGCUGCCCUUGGGGCCACCGCAGGGGGACAGACCUUCCUGCUGUACACCGAGUGCAGCCGCCCCGACCUGCCCCGCCGCCAGCUCCUGCGCUUCAGCUGCCACUACAGCCUGUGGUGCACAGGCAGCGACGGCCUCGCUGUGAGCCAGGCAGCGCUCAGCGCCGAGAUCCACCACCAGUAUGGCACGGACAGACUGCUCAGCCAGGACUCCCCCACCAGACAGCACCGUGCAGUGCUCAGCCGCUGUGGGCUCCAUGGCCAUGGCAUGCAAUGCUGACUGCCAUCCCUCCAGGUGUGGGACAACAGUGGGCGCAGCCACAGUGUGGACCUCAUGGCCCUGGGGAAGCACAGGGAGGUCUACACAGAGGGGCCCUUUGCCUGUCUGGCCUGGUCCCACUCGGAAACACAGCUGCUCUAUGUGGCCAAGAAGAGCUGGCCCAAACGACGAUCCCCCUGUCCCUAGGAUGUGCCGGGAGCAUCCAGGCUGAUGGAGGAUGAGGAUGAGGAGGGCGAGCAGUUCAUGUACCGUGAGGACUGGGGGGAGGCACUGAGCACCCGCAGCGUGCCUGUCCUCUGUGCCCUGGACCUGGAGGGCAGCAGCCUCUUGGUGCUGGAGGGCGUCCCGGAGCACCUCUCUCCCGGCCAGGCCCUGUGGUCCCCAGAUGACCACAGCGUGGUGUUCGUGGGCUGGUGGCAUGAACCCUUCCGCUUGGGGCUGAGCGACUGCUCCAACAGGAGGUUGGGUGUUUUCCACUUGGACUUGGCCAGUGGGCACUGUGAGCUGCUGUCGGCUGAGCACAGUGCUGCCUGCUCCCCCCAGCUGAGCCCUGACGGCUGGCGCCUGCUCUACCUGGAGGGGGGCCUGGGGGGGUUCCACCGCCAGUGCCUGUGCAUGGUGAGCAGGGCCCUGCUGGUGCCAGGCACAGCUCUUACCUGGCAGACGAGGCAGACGGUGACAGUGCUCGACGUGGUGCGGGAGCCCACGGAGGGUGAGCAUGCCUUUGCUGGGCUCUACAGGGAGACACUGCCACCACGGUGCUGGGCAGCCGAGACACGGCGAGCUNNNNCCUGCCUCUACUCUGCCCCCUUGCAGGACCUGCUGCUCGUGGACACGGAGGCGGCCACUGUCACCAACCUGACAGCAGGGUCAACGGAAGGGUGCUGGGAGCUGCUCAGCCUCCAGUGGGACCUGCUGGUGGCCACCUGCUCAGCCCCGCACCGCCCCCCCAGCCUGGUGGUGGCGGUGCUGCCACCGGCGGGCCAGGAGCUGCCCCUGCGCUGGGUGCCAGUGGAGGAUGUGCCAACAGUGCCCGGUGUCACCUGGAAGACGCUGACGGUCCAGCCACCCUGCAGUGGGAAGAGCCCCGCCAUGCACGGCACUCAGGCUUUUGAGGCCCUGCUGCUGAGCCCACCGGAUGGCACAGCACCACACCCUCUCGUUGUGUGCCCCCAUGAUGGCCCCCACGCUGUCUUUGAUGCCCGCUGGCGUCCGAGUAUGGCCGCGCUGUGCCAGCUGGGUUUCGCCGUGCUCUUGGUGAACUACCAUGGCUCCCUGGGCUUUGGCCAGGCCAGCAUCAGCUCCCUGCUCUCCCACAUGGAUGAGCAGGACGUGGCGGACACCCAGGUGCGGACGCCGAUGCUGCUGUGUGGGGGUGCCUGGGACCAGCGUGUCAGCCCCACACAGGCGCUGGAGCUGUACCGGGUGCUGCAGGCCGGGGGGGUGCCGGUGCGGCUGCUGUGGUACCCAGAGGGUGGCCACAUGCUGGCCGGUGUGGAGAUGGAGGCCAAUGUCUUCGGGAACUGUGCCUGCUGGCUUCUCUGGCACCUGGGGCAGCCCCAGUGGGACAGGAAAGGACGGCACAGCCCCCAGUGCCCAUGGUGGCCCUGCAGCUGUGCUAGCCCCAGGGUGACUGCUGGCCCUGGAGACCACACCAGCACCAGAGGAGGAUGGAGUGAGUGUAGCCAGGGGCAGGAUGGGACAUGGGUUGUUGGGGUUUGGUGCUAA